AAUGGGCUGAGGCCGCCGGGGCUGCGGCUUCCCGCGUCCCACAGAUGUCCGGCCCUGCUGCGGUCCCUGGAACCAGGCAGCUCCACGGAGUUCCCUGACAUGAAGUGGCUUUGGGUGGUGGCUUUUGUGGCACCCAUCUGCGCUGCUCCCUACAACACCACGGCAGGUGGCACUGGGGAUGGAGGCCCCUGUGCCCUGCAGCACGGCGCCCUGGGCACCCCGGUGCUGCUGCGCUGCCCGGCUGCUGCGGGGGAAUCGGCCGAGUGGCGCCGGGGAGGGACCGUCCUGGGCACGUAUCCUGCCCCGGGGCUGGCCCUCCCCAAUGCCAGCCUGGCCCACGAGGGCCACUACAGCUGCCACCACCCUGCCACUGGAGAGACCUGGGGCACUGUCUGCCUGCAGCUCGGCUAUCCACCCCCGCUGCCCGCUGUGGAGUGCUGGGCCAUCAGCUACCCGCAGGCAGUGAACUGCUCCUGGGUCCUGGCCCCUGACCCACUGCUGGACACUGACUUUGUGGCCACAUACAGGCACGGCUCGUGGGAGGCCUCAGAGCAGGGGGAGUGUGUGCGCACGGGGCCGUGGAGCUGCUCCUUCGGGGACCUGCAGAUGUUCUCCCUCACGCCCUACGUGCUGAAUGUGACGGCCACAAACGCGCUGGGCACCGCCUCCAGGCUCCUGCCCUUCCUCCUGGAGAACAUCAUAAAGCCAGACCCUCCCGAGGACCUGAAGGUCUCACCCAUCCCUGAGGAGACCACGGAGCUGCUGCUGGAGUGGAGCCCCCCAGGGUCGUGGCCCUUCCCGGAGUACUUCCCGCUGAAGUACUACAUCCGCUACGGCUGGGAGGGCUCAGUCACCACGAUCGGGCCCUACGAGCAGACCUCGUACACGCUGACGGGACUCCGACCCGGGACCCUCCACCACGUCCAGGUGGCCGCCAAGGACUCCACAGACUCGGGGGAGUUCAGCGUCUGGAGCCCACCGGCCUCGGGGAUGCCCUGGAUGGAGCCCUGACAGCCCUGCCCCAUCCUGCUCCCCCCCUCACGCCAUGAGGAACCCACAGCCCCCACCAGCCUGGAGCCACCAGCGCUGGAGCCACCCACCAGAAACAGGCAAUAAACCGGCUUGAGGCUCA